AAUAAAAUUGGCCGGCGAGUAUCUCGGAGAGAGAGAGGCUCCUGUACACACAGCCUGUCUCUGACUCACAGGUUGAGCUGCCUUACUCCGGCGUGGUCAGGAACCCCGGCGAGAGAGAGAGAGAGAGAGAAAGGAAAUCCCCGGGUCGUGGGCUCGGUGCUGAUGUUCUGAGGCAGGCACAGCCAGGAGGCUCAGGUUACUAUAGCCAAGUCCGCUCCGAGGAUGGAAGAUGAGGCAGUGUUGGAUAGAGGAGCUUCCUUCAUCAAACACGUCUGUGAUGCAGAGGAAGUAGAGGGCCAUCACACGGUUUACAUUGGGGUUCACGUCCCCAAGAGCUAUCGGAGGAGGAGGCGACAUCGGAGACGGGGAUUGGGGCAGAAGGAGAGGAACAAAGAGCGGGAAAGAACAACCGAAGCCUCGGACCGAUCUGACACAGAAACCAAUGAAGACCAGACAGGCGGGAGUCUGUUCAAACCCCUCAUUUCACCUGCUGCGGAGAGAAUCCGUUUCAUCCUUGGGGAAGAUGACGAUAGUCCUGCCCCCCAACUCUUCACAGAAAUGGAUGAACUUUUGGCCAUUGACGGACAGGAGAUGGAAUGGAAGGAGACGGCCAGGUGGAUCAAGUUUGAGGAGAAGGUUGAAGAAGGUGGUGAGAGGUGGAGCAAGCCACACGUGGCCACACUCUCCCUGCACAGCUUAUUUGAACUCCGGACUUGUAUUGAGAAGGGAACAGUCAUGUUGGAUAUGGAAGCUUCAACUCUCCCUCAGAUCGUGGAGAUGAUCAUCGAUGAGCAAGUUGCGAAAGGGCUGUUGAAAGCCGAGCUGAAGGAGAAGGUGACCUACACUCUGCUGCGGAAACACCGGCACCAGACCAAAAAAUCCAAUCUCCGCUCCCUGGCUGAAAUCGGGAAGACAGUGUCCAGUGCAAGUAGGCUGUUUUCCACAUCAGAUAAUGGUAGCCCAGGGUUAAUCCAUCGCAACCUGACCACAACCAGCAUGAAUGACAUCUCGGACAAACCAGACAAGGAUCAGCUGAAGAACAAGUUCAUGAAGAAGUUGCCCCGUGACGCCGAAGCCUCCAAUGUGCUGGUGGGGGAGGUGGAUUUCCUGGAAGCCCCCUUUAUUGCCUUUGUACGCCUGCAGCAAGCUGUGAUGCUGGGGGCUCUGACAGAGGUCCCUGUGCCAACCAGAUUCCUGUUUGUUCUGCUGGGACCAAAAGGAAAGGCUAAAUCCUACCACGAGAUCGGAAGGGCGAUUGCUACACUCAUGUCCGAUGAGCUGUUUCAUGAUGUCGCUUACAAAGCCAAGGAUAAUGAAGAUCUCUUGGCUGGAAUCGACGAGUUCCUGGAUGAAGUGAUCGUGCUUCCGCCGGGCGAGUGGGAUCCAGAGAUCAGAAUUGAGCCUCCAAAGUCGCUGCCAUCCUCCGAUAAAAGGAAGAAUAUGAUCUCAGGAGGAGAAAGCAUCCAGAUGAAUGGAGACAUGCCUCAUGACAGCGGAGCUGGGGGUGGUGGCCAUGAGGUGUCGGAUGAACUGAAGAAAACCGGAAGAUUCUUCGGAGGUUUUGUGCAGGACAUCAAGAGGAAAAUCCCGUGGUAUGCCAGCGAUUUCUAUGACGCACUCAGCAUCCAGUCACUUUCUGCCAUCCUUUUCAUCUACCUGGGGACUGUAACCAACGCUAUCACAUUUGGAGGACUCCUCGGAGAUGCCACGGACAAUAUGCAGGGCGUGCUGGAGAGUUUCCUGGGCACAGCUGUCAGUGGAGUCGUCUUCUGUCUGUUUGCUGGGCAACCACUCACCAUCCUGAGCAGCACUGGGCCAGUGCUCGUCUUCGAACGCCUCCUCUUCAGCUUCAGCAAGGAUAACGCUUUUGACUACCUGGAGUUCCGUCUUUGGAUUGGGUUGUGGUCGUCCUUCCUGACUCUCAUCCUCGUUGCCACUGAUGCCAGUUUCCUGGUGCAGUACUUCACCCGUUUCACCGAGGAAGGGUUCUCAUCACUCAUCAGCUUCAUCUUCAUCUACGAUGCCUUCAAGAAGAUGAUUAAACUGUCCCACUACUACCCCAUUAACUCGGACUUCAAGGUGGACUACGUCACUCUGUUCAGCUGUACGUGUGUGAAUUCAAGCCUUCUGUGGAACAACUCUGACUCUGUGACUUCAGCCAUUCCCUGGAUACACAAUGACACCAUUCACACCAACACAAGCAUUGACUGGUCAUCGCUGCCCAAGAAGGAAUGCAUGAAGAAUGGAGGCCACAUGGUUGGUGCAAGUUGUCACUAUGUCCCAGAUGUCACCUUGAUGUCAUUCAUCCUUUUCCUUGGUACCUACAGCUGUUCAAUGACACUGAAGAACUUCAAAACCAGCCCGUAUUUCCCAACCAGGAUCCGGAAGCUGAUCAGUGACUUUGCCAUCAUCCUGGCCAUUCUGAUCUUCUGCGGCUUAGACGCCUUGGUUGGAGUCGACACACCGAAGCUAAUUGUGCCAAGCGAGUUCAAGCCAACUAACCCAAAGAGAAGAUGGUUGGUGCCACCGUUUGGAGGCAACCCGUGGUGGGUGUGUCUGGCUGCUGGGCUCCCGGCUCUCCUUAUCACCAUCCUGAUCUUCAUGGACCAACAAGUCACAGCCGUCAUCGUCAACAGGAAGGAGCACAAACUGAAGAAAGGGGCUGGCUAUCACCUCGACCUGUUCUGGGUGGCCAUCCUCAUGGCCAUCUGCUCAUUCAUGGGGUUGCCCUGGUAUGUUGCAGCCACAGUCAUCUCCAUCGCGCACAUUGACAGCUUGAAGAUGGAGACCGAGACUUCAGCGCCCGGGGAACUGCCCAAGUUCUUGGGGGUCAGGGAACAGCGAGUGACUGGCGUUUUUGUCUUCCUUCUGACUGGCGUAUCUGUCUUCAUGGCCCCCAUUCUAAAGUUCAUCCCAAUGCCGGUACUUUAUGGAGUAUUUCUGUACAUGGGUGUCGCUUCCCUGAAUGGUGUGCAGUUCAUGGACCGGUUGAAGUUGCUGCUGAUGCCUCCAAAGCACCAACCGGACUUCAUCUACCUGCGUCACGUCCCCCUGCGCCGAGUCCACCUCUUCACCUUCAUCCAGGUGAUCUGCCUCACCAUGUUGUGGGUCUUGAAGUCAACUGUGGCCGCCAUCAUCUUUCCAGUCAUGAUCCUGGCGCUGGUAGCUGUAAGGAAAGCGAUGGACUACAUCUUCACCCAACAUGACCUCAGUUUCCUGGACGAUGUUAUCCCGGAGAAAGACAAGAAGAAGAAGGAGGAUGACAAGAAGAAAAAGAAGACGACAAGUGCAGACAGUGACAAUGAAGAUGAGAAAAGCCACCGACAUUCCUUGAACGACACACUUCUUGCUGAUCCAGUCCCCUUCUUCCAGUCAAUCUCUAUACCAAGCCCUCCAACCACUCCGUUGAGAACUGUGCCUCAGAUAAGAAUUGAACUUGAGCCCGACAACAAACCAGGCUCCUUAUGGAGAAGCAGAGGAACGGAAACGGCGCUCUGAGCCAGCGGUCCCAGUGCAGUCGGCACACGCUCACAUCCGCCAACACCGCGAGGCUGACUCACCUUGCGUUAGGGAACUGUGGCUGGGUCAGAUGCCUGGGGAAGGCACGAGGCACCUUUCUUUUCCUCUCCAUCUACCCAACCCACCCCACCCCACCAACUCUUUCAAAGAGCCCUCUCCCCCACCCCCCAGACUAACGUCCUGCUUGAAGAAUGUAAGAGCCAGGUGGAUUGGGGGAGGCCAGUGUGGUACGCUACAGGAGCAAGAUGCUUCACACGAAGCCCCCCUCCUCUUCUCCUUCAGCUAUUCUGCCAUGACAGACCAGUCUAGCUCAGUUAUUCCUUGUGACCUUGUUAAGAGCCAAAAUGAAGUACUAGCGGGGAAUUGCUGACUAUGCAAAGGUUAUUUUUCCAAUGACACUUUAGCCCUGCUUGCUGGAAAACCUAAUUACAGACACAUCAUAGUCUCUUCACACCUGACCUCUUAUACUGAACUCCUUUUAUUGUUUGAUCCAGUAAUUAUCAGGUGGGAUAUAUUAUUAACUAACAGCAGACACAGUCUGUAGUCAGACAUAGCUCUACCUCUUAUUUCUAGAAUGACAGAAAUUCUGUACAAAUGAUUAUUAUUGUACACCGCUGUGAUUAUUAAUCUCAAUCUGAAAGGUUAAAACUGGGGUCUCUAGAUCAUUAACACUCUUUAACACAUCUUUGAAGCCCUUUUUAAAGCAUUGCAAGAGAUUAAAACUAUUAUUAUUACUAUAUUAUUUGAGACCAAGCAGUAAUUUAAAUAAUUAUUUUUAAAUCACACUUUUUUUGUACAGUGCUUAGCCUUAUUCUCCCACAUGUAAAAAUAGGAUGUGAUGAUUUUAUUUAACUCGGGGACCAAGUUGCAGUCUUCGCUUUAACACCCCGCAUGCACUGCUGGUGGAUGGUGCAGCUGCCUGUGGGAUUGAGUGUGGGACAACCUACAGUGCUGGGCUGGGUUGGCCCACAGGACUGAGUGGGGCACUGGUUUUAACCUGCCUGCUGUUGCUCUCCAUUAAUCUCGGUGGGUUUUUGAUGGUCAGGUUAAGUUAGAGUUUUCCCCUUGGAAGAGAGGGACAAUUUCAGUCCAUGGAUCUUGGCUUGAACAGAAAAGGAAGGAAUCCCCUUUAUUCUGGGAGUUGUGCUGACCACCUGUCCCAUUAGGAUAAGUACCGGAGAAGUUCAGAGGCUGCACCUUCCCAGACAUGGGUCAGGUAGUGUUCUUGCUGCCAGUUCUGUUGGAUCCACCAUGCGGGUUCAGAAAUUAGCUGCAAGGCAUAGUAUUCUGUGUAAUGUCUGCACUAGACGCAACCGGGGGGAGGUUCACUCCAGGAAAAUGGGAACAGAAGGCCAUUCAUCAACAGAUACAAACAUAAGGAAUAGGAGCAGGUGGAGGCCAAAUGGCUCUUCAUCUCUAUUCUUCCUUUUACUAAAAUCAUGGCUGAUCUUCCUUAAUACUAUUGCCUUGCACUAGCCCCUUGAUUCCCUUAAUAUCCAGAAAUCCACUGUGUUGAAUGACUGAGCCUCCACAACGCUCCGAGAAUCCCAAAGAUUCAUCACCCCCUGAGGGAAGAACUUUCUCCUUAGUUGUAAACGUCCAACCCUUUAUUCUGUGAUCCCUUUGAUCCAAACUCCUCAGCCAGAAGAAGCAUCUUCCCCGUCAAGCCCUUGAGAAUUUUUUAAGUUUCAAAGCUCCUCUGACUCUUCUGUGUUCUAGAGAAUACCAGGUUAAUUCACUUAUUCUCUCCUGAUAUGGUAAACCCAACAGUCCCGUGAUGAGUAGUGAGUCCAGUAAAUUCUCUCUGUAUUCCUUCUAUGGCAUCGAUACCCUUUAUUAUACAAGGGGACCAAACUGUACACUGUACAGGUGCAGUCUCACCAAGGGCCUACAUACUUGCAGUAGGAUGCCUUUACUCAUCUCAUAUCCCCUCAUAAUAAAAGCCAACAUACCAUUUGUCCUCCUUAUCACUUGCUGGUUUUCAGUGACUUGUGUACUUGGAUACUCAGGUUUCUUUCAACAUCAACGCCACUCAUUGCUUAAGCAAUGCUCUGCUUUUCUGUUCACAGUUCCCACACUAUAUUCCAUCUGCCAUGUUCUUCCCCACACACUCACCUUGUCCAUAUCCUCUGGGAGCCUCUUUAUACCCUCCUCCCUACUCACAGUCUCACUUGGUUUUGUUCCACAGCAAACUUGGAGAUUUGACAUUGGAUCCCUCAUCCAAUUCAUUGAAAGAGAAUAUGACUAACUGGUGCUCCAGGGCUGGCCCCUGUGGUGCCAACACAAGAAAGAUCCAUUUAUCCUCACUCUUUGCUUUCCACCUGACAACCACUUCUCAACCCACAGCAGUGCUCAGUUCCAUGUGGUUGAACCUUGUUGACCAACCUCCUUCUUGUGACAUUAUAGAAAGCCAUCUGCAAAUUCCAACACACCUCAUUUACUAGUUCCCCUAAUCUAUCUAGUCACAUCCUCAGAGAAUGCAAGCCUAUUCUACCAUUUAAUUAAACCCAGGUUGAUCUUAUCUUGAACUCUAUCUCCCUGCCUUGGUUCCUUAAACCUUCAUACCCUCAUCCAACAAAAGUCACCUUCAAUUUUGAAAAAUCCAUUUGACCCCAGCCUCGGUUACUCUCUGGGGGAGAGGUGUCCAGACUGCCCUCAGUGUGAGGAAAAGCUUCCUGAUGUUACCCUUGAAUGGCUGCUCUCUGAGUUUAGGGUUCUUCCCCACCAGAGGAAAUAGUUACUCUCUAUCAGCCCUGUGAGACCCUUUAAUUGUCUUGAACUGUUUCGGCUUCUCCCAGACACUCCAUGAAAGGAGAUGGAGGUAGUGUCCAGAUACCUUAGGAGAUGGGACUGACUGUGCGUAGAACACCUGGAGAUGUUUGGGGUUAUGGAGAGAGAUCCACAUUGUCCAGCACUCUGGGACUUGGGAGCCAGGGAGUAGGGUGUAUCCGCAUUCCCUGGAGUUUAGAAGAUUGAGGAGUGAUCUCACUGUGACACAAGUGACAAGAACCUGUUGCCUCAGCCUGUGGCGCCUGGAGUUGGAGAAGCACUCUCAGGACAAGGGGGUUGGAUAGUUAGGACAGAGACAAGGAGGGAUUCCUUCACUUGGAGGGUUGUGAAUCUUAGAAAAUCUCUUCCCCAGAGAGCUGCAGAGGCUCGGUCUCUGAGAAUAUGCAAGACUGAGAUUGGUUGAUCUUUGAUCAUUGAGAAUCAGGGUUCACGGGGGAGUGGAGGAAGGUGGCUCGAGGCACAGGAUCAACCACCAUUGUAUUGAAUGUCAGAACAGGUUGGAGGGGCUGAAAGGCCUGCUCCUGCUUCUAUUCCUUCUGCUUCUUGCUGAGAUUCCUGUAAGAAGGUGCAGUUGAGAUCCCUGCCAGUGAUUCGUUGUCUCUCUCUGUUCUCAGUUGCUUACUUCCAAGUCAAAUUGCACCAAUACUUAAUAUGACCAGAGUUGUGAAUGACCCUUGUCUCCUCCCCCCCCCCUCCCCCCCCAGUAUUAGCGAUGCCAGUGAGAGGUGAAGUGGCUGCUGGGGUGGGGGCGGUUUCCUCAGAGCUCACUACUUGUUACAUCCCCAAUACCUUCUGAACAUUGGGAAGGUUAAACGUUGUCAUAAGGUGAAUCGUUGCUGAUGUGAUUUCAUUUGAGGAGCAAUGUCAGAGUGUUGAGGGGUGCGUGGUGGCCAAUGUGGAUACAGGAAGAGGGAUAGGCAUCUUACCAAGCCUUGGCCAACCACACUCAGAGCAGAACAUUGGCUAAUUUUUAUAGGGGGGAGUGGGUGUGGAGGUGGCAGAGUGGAAAGCAGGAAAUUGGACAAUUAGGUUGGAGAUAGUUUGGAAAAUAUGGGUGUGGGAAGGGGUAGGAGAUUGGAAGAUGGGCAGUAUGAGGAGGCAGUGGUAAGGGACAGGGAGGUGGGAUGGGGAGGAGGUGGGAUGAAGAGUAUGUGAUAGGAGACCAGUGAAUGGGUGGGAGAGAGGACAGCAGGAUAGGGGUGGGGGAAGAAGUGACAGGGUUGGGAGAUAGAGGGGUGAGAAUUGUCAACUCUGCAAACAACUAUCCCAGAGAGUAACAGCUGAAGUGUGUCUCUGCCCAGCACAUGCUAGGAAUUCGCCAUCAGAGAGUCAAUCCAACAGAGAAACAGCCCCCCAGCCCAAAGAAAGGUUUAAUGUCAUUCUGAUGUAUAUUUUAGUUUGGUCAAACCAGCCAUCCCGAGACAUGAUUUACCCCGCCAGUUCAUUGUGACCUCAACCCCGAGCUUUACUGAAACCUGUUGCGUUCUGCAUCUCAGAAGUCUCCUGCUUUUAAGAGGCUAUGCUCAGAGCACUGUGACAUCUGAAAGGAUGACUUUAGAACAUUGCACUUCAUGAAACUUUAGACCAGAAAACUCAUGGCAACAGUGGUGCAUGUUCCUGACCCUCUUGGUUUCCUGGGGGAGAGAGGGGACAAUUUUAACCUACCACACCCACCAGGAAACUAACUGCUGUUGGAUACUCUAUCGCUGUGGAAGGAGAGAGGCAGCGGUCAGGGAGAAAAGCCACAUGAGGUUUAACAAGGGGAAAUUGGGCAGGGCAUUGCAAUGCUGUGCCUUUUGAUCUUUGAACAACAUACAAAGCACACUCCCAGGACAUUUAAGUCUGCUUAAGUCAACUGAUUGCAGCUUUUUGUAGAAAGGUGUUGCAUUUAAUCCAUUCCUGAGAUAGCAGCCAAGAAAAUCCAGUCCAGCAACCACAACUCAUGCCUACGUAGCCCCCCUAACACAGGCAAGUCAACCUGUGGGUUUCAUGGGAACAUUGGCAGGACAAGACCGAGGAGGACAGGGAGGUAGGUUUUAAAGAAGACAGGGUUAAAGGGUCAGAUGUUUAGGAAGGGUCUUGGUGGGUGAAGGCAAAGCUACUAGCAGGAGCUGGAGAAGGACCAGUGGAUAGAACUGGUGGAACCCAGAGAUUUCAGUCGUUCCAAAGGUAGCUGACAAGACCAUCAAUGGGUCUGAACAUGAGGGUGAGAAUUUUAAAGGCAAGAUGUUGCCAGGUCUGUGAGCACAGGGGUAGGUGAGGCUGGGAUGUGAGAUGGUGUGGUGCCCAUCAGUGCAACACAAGGUCUUCCAAUGUGAUUAUACUUGAAAUGCAUUUGACUACUGAAUCACUUCAAUCAUUCAUUGAGAUACCAAACCUUUGUUACUUCUUGUUAAUAUUUUCAUUAUUGUAAAUUUUGGGGAGCAGGGAGGGAGGUUGAAGGGUGGACCACGAAAAGGUGAAAGACAGAAAGUGUAUGAAGUCUGCCUGCUUCUCCCAGUCAUAACCUCAACCAUCUCCUCCCCUCUGUGAUAGACUGUACAUUUGUAAUCUCUCAUAUGCACCUUGAGCCACUUAAGUCACUAAUAAUCUCCACAAGACUGGUGAUUGCCCUUGUGGGAGAAGUGUAAAGAUGUUGCAUUUAAGUGUAGUUUGCUGAAUAAGUUAAAAUUGCAAUGUUAUGAGAUGUUGGAUUAAUAUAAACAACUUUCUGUGCUAGCAAUGAUGAUUUUUUUUAUCAAAUGACGUGGGAUAGGAAAAAAAUUGGGGAGGUUUUUUGCAUUUUUUUCAGAUCAAGUAUAUGUGAAAAUAAAUAAAGGAAUUUUAUGCACUAA